UCGCGGCCUGUAUUGAAAAGGUGAUAAAAGACACGCACCUUCAAUUUCGCAGUUCGUCUGUAAUUCUACAAUGAAACUGCUGGUUGUGUUUUCUGUAUUCGUGGCUAGUGCCCUGGGCCAGAAUGGCCUCCCCCUGACCCCCGUCUGUGCCCCUACAACGUGUAUGGUGGUGCUGUGCAUGUCUGCCCAAGGAUGCGACGGGCGUAUAGAGCCACAUGGCGGCUUCUGUGGCUGUUGUCCGAUCUGUGUGAAGCAACUCUCUGCCGGCGACUCGUGUGACGCCAGCGCCAGUGAUGUUGAGUGUGGCAAGGGUCUUCACUGUGAUACUUCUUCUCAUACCUGUGUCAAAAACACAAGAAGCACAGCAGGGCCCUGUGCUCUGCGUCACCAGGAGUUCCUUGCUAAGGAUCAGCCUUUACCCGGAGAUAUUGAUCUAAAGUGUGAGACUGACGGGACAUACAAGCCCAAACAGUGCAUGGUACCUGGAAGGUGCUUCUGUGUUGACCAAGACGGUAACGACCUCGGCUACUACACCAACUCCGUCGCGGACGCAGGCAACAUGGACUGCACGUGUGCUCGGGAUAAAGCCGCCUACCUGAAGACUGGCCUCAUCGGCAAACUCUUCUUCUGCGACAGCAAAGGCAGCUACAACAAGAAACAGUGCAUGGGCUCUGUCUGCUUCUGCGCCGACAACAACGGCAAGACGCUGACCAACGGCCAAACUGUCAACAUCGGUGAAAUGGACAAGCUCCAGUGUUAGGUGUCGGAUACUGCCAUGUGCGGAGCAUGUGACCCACGUUUCUUGUAUACCCGGUGUGACAUUGGUCUCAUAUAUACGAGGAAUACAUCGCAUGGAAUAAUU